CAGAGGUGGCCGUACGCCGAGGUCCCGAGGCGGCCAUGGAACUGGUGCCGCUGCUCGUCUGGGCUCUGCUGCUGGGUUGCUUGGAGGUGACGGCACCCGACACCGUGUGGGGGUUCCUCGGGGGGUCCCUCUCGGUGAACUGCACGUACCAGGCCAGAUAUAAGAAGAAUCCCAAAUUCUGGUGCACACCGAGAUUUCGUCCUUUCACCUGCGCUGAUGACAUCGUCAUCACCGAGGAGCUGCAGCCCACGGCGCGCCAGGGCCGAUUCUCCAUCCGGGAUGAUUGGGAACGGCGGGUGUUCACGGUGACUGUGAAGGAUCUGGCCGAGAGCGACUCGGGCACCUACCGCUGCGGGGUGCGGACGGGCAUAGGACAGCGGGAUGAGAGUGCUGACGUGAAGGUGGUCGUGUUACCAGCUCCUUCUUCCUCCUCCCAAAGACCACCCUACACCCUGACCACCAAGCACCCCAACCCCACCACCUCUGUAUCAGUCACCACACAGAAAACUCCCCAGGGGGAAUCUGCACAAUCGGGGUCAAAUCUCUUCAACCACAAAGGCUCCAGCACUUCACACUUGAACGUGGUUGAGCACAUCCUCACUCCAGGCAUCGUAGUGGUUCUUCUUUUGCUUGCAGUUGCUGCUGGCAUUUUGGUAGUACUGUUGAGGAAGAGGAAGAAAGCCCUCGCUGGAGCAGCUGCAGAGAUGGACAGGACAAGCAGCACGUUGCAUACAGAAGCGAAUACCAUGAACUAUGCAGAAAUCAACCAUGGUGUGAGCACAGCUGGGAGUCAUUUGUACAGCAACACCAGUGUGCACCAACGCUGCCCAGACACCAACACAGAGUACAUGGAGCUCAGGCAGAGCACUCAGGACAAAGAGGCUGUGUAUGCCAGAGUGAGGAAGCGCCCACCACAGCAGGAGAUCUACGCCAACGUGCCGUCAGCUCCAUGGCCCAGAGGAGAGCCCACUGACACGGUGUAGAGGGUGUGAGCCAGUCCCUGGCCCCAUGGGCUGCUCCUGCUGCACACAGUGCCAGCAGGACAUGGGCUGGUUUUCUGCUUGGGCAGGAGCUGGCUUGACAGCAGGGCUGCUACUCUCAUCAGCUCUUUGUGUUGUGGCAGCUGAGGCCAGAAACAGUGUGGAGGAGCACCCACCCUGCUAACCCCCUUUGGCUGCCUUAUUCUUGAAGGCUGAAGCUCCCAAACCCACUGGUUGCUUCAAACUGGCUUAUUUUUCAUGCCAAUGCCAGGAACUGGCAGCUCUUGGGAAGCAGGACAGCAAUAAAUGUUGUAUCCAAA